AUGUUCAAACCAACUAUUCUUAAUCGAUCAAUUAGAUUAUCCCUUUCAAGUCGAAACCAAGUACGAACAUACGCUGAUAAGAAGAUGACAGAUAAAGCUGCUGAAACAUUCAAGGAGGCCGGACAAGCCUUCAAGUCCGAUGGUUCGAUCGGAUCCAACUUCAAUGCUGAUGGGGCGAUCGGAAGUAAAGCCCAACAAGUCGGUGGACCAUUCUCUGCUGACGGAGCUAUCGGUAAACAAUUCACCGACGAAGGUGCUAUCGGAGGUACAGGUCAAAAAGUAGCUGAACAAGUUGAAGAAGCAGGUAAAGAAGGUGAAAAGAAGGUAUAA